CGGAGGAGAGGCUGAGGGAGAAGGGAGGGACCAGAGGAGAGAGCGAGAGGGAUCCAGACCCCAGUUCGCCGACUAAGCAGAAGAAAGAUCCAAAAACGCUAAAGAGAAGAGCAAACAGGCACUUUUAGGAACAAUCCCCUUAACUCCAAGUCGACAGCGCUCUAGGAAUUCAAACUCAGUGCCUACCGAAGACAAAGGCGCCCCCAGGGAGUGACGGUGCGACCCCAGGGCGUGGGCCCUGCCGCGGAGCCCGCACUGCCCAGCUGACCCGGCGGUCUUGGACCAUGUCUCCCGCCCCACGACCCUCCCGUUGUCUUCUGCUCCCCCUGCUCAUGCUCGGCACCGCGCUCGCCUCCCUCGGCUCGGCCCAAAGCAGCAGCUUCAGCCCCGAAGCCUGGCUACAGCAGUAUGGCUACCUGCCUCCUGGGGACCUACGUACCCACACACAGCGCUCACCCAAGUCAUUCUCAGAGGCCAUCGCUGCCAUGCAGAAGUUCUACGGCUUGCAAGUAACAGGCAAAGCUGACGCGGACACCAUAAAGGCCAUGAGGCGCCCCCGAUGUGGUGUUCCAGACAAGUUUGGGGCUGAGAUCAAGGCCAAUGUUCGAAGGAAGCGCUACGCCAUACAGAGUGUCAAAUGGCAACAUAAUGAAAUCACUUUCUGCAUCCAGAAUUACACCCCCAAGGUGGGCGAGUACGCCACCUACGAGGCCAUUCGCAAGGCGAUCCGAGUGUGGGAGAGCGCCACAUCACUGCGCUUCCGUGAGGUGCCCUAUGCCUACAUCCGUGAGGGCCAUGAGAAGCAGGCCGACAUCAUGAUCUUCUUUGCCGAGGGCUUCCAUGGCGACAGCUCACCCUUCGAUGGUGAGGGCGGCUUCCUGGCCCAUGCCUACUUCCCAGGACCCAACAUUGGAGGGGACACCCACUUUGACUCUGCCGAGCCUUGGACUCUUGGGAAUGCGAAUCUGGAUGGAAAUGACAUCUUCCUGGUUGCUGUGCACGAGCUAGGCCAUGCCCUGGGGCUCGAGCAUUCCAAUGACCCCUCGGCCAUCAUGGCACCCUAUUACCAGUGGAUGGACACAGAGAACUUUGUGUUGCCUGAUGAUGACCGCCGGGGCAUCCAGCAACUUUAUGGGAGUGAGUCAGGGUCUCCCACCAAGAUACCCCCUCAAUCCUGGACCACCUCCCGGCCUUCUGUUCCUGAUAAGCCUAAAAAACCCACCUAUGGGCCGAACAUCUGUGAUGGGAACUUUGACACCGUGGCCAUGCUCCGAGGGGAGAUGUUUGUCUUCAAGGAGCGCUGGUUCUGGAGGGUGAGGAAUAACCAAGUAAUGGAUGGAUAUCCAUUGCCCAUUGGCCAAUUCUGGCGGGGACUGCCUGCGUCCAUCAACACUGCCUAUGAGAGGAAGGAUGGCAAAUUCGUCUUCUUCAAAGGAGACAAGCAUUGGGUGUUUGAUGAGGCAUCCCUGGAACCUGGCUACCCCAAGCACAUUAAGGAGCUGGGCCGAGGGCUGCCAACCGACAGGAUUGAUGCUGCUCUCUUCUGGAUGCCCAAUGGAAAGACCUACUUCUUCCGAGGAAACAAGUACUACCGUUUCAACGAGGAGCUCAGGGCAGUGGACAGCGAGUACCCCAAGAACAUCAAAGUCUGGGAAGGGAUCCCGGAGUCUCCCAGAGGGUCAUUCAUGGGCAGCGAUGAAGUCUUCACUUACUUCUACAAGGGAAACAAAUACUGGAAAUUCAACAACCAGAAGCUGAAGGUGGAACCGGGCUACCCCAAGUCAGCCCUGCGGGACUGGAUGGGCUGCCCGGCGGGAGGCCGGCCAGAUGAGGGGACUGAGGAGGAGACGGAGGUGAUCAUCAUUGAGGUGGACGAGGAGGGCAGCGGGGCAGUGAGUGCAGCUGCCGUGGUGCUGCCCGUGCUGCUGCUGCUCCUGGUGCUGGCGGUGGGCCUUGCAAUCUUCUUCUUCAGACGCCAUGGGACCCCCAGGCGACUGCUCUACUGCCAGCGUUCCCUGCUGGACAAGGUCUGACGCCCACCCCCGGCCUGCCCACUCCUACCACAAGGACUGUGCUUCUGAAGGCCAGUGGCAGCAGGUGGUGGUGGGUGGGCUGCUCCCACCGUCCCAAGUCCUCUCCCCGCAGCCUCCUUGCUUCUCUCUUUUCCAUGGCUGGCCUCCCUCCCUCUGACCCCUCCCCUUAGCCCCGGCAUUGCAUCUUCUCUAGAUGAGUCCCCUGAGGGCUGAGUGAGAGGGUGGCCCGCUUCCAGCCUCUGCCCUUCAGCGGAACCCUGUAGCUUUGUGUCUGUCCAGUCCCAUCUGAAUGUGUUGGGGGCUCUGCACUUGAAGGCAGGACUCUCAGACCUCACUGGUAAAGGUCAAAUGGGGUCAUCUGCUCCUUUUCCAUCCCCUGACAUAUCUUAACCUCUGAACUCUGACCUCAGGAGGCUCUGGGCACUCCAGCCCUAAAAGCCCCAGGUGUACCCAAUUGGCAUCCUCUCACUACUCUAAUGGCUAAAAGGAAUCUAAUCUUGUUGGGGGUAGAGACCCUGAGACAGUGUGAGGAGGUGGGGACUGCCUAGCCACCCUAAAACCUUGGGAGGAAAACUCAGAGAGGGUCUUCAUUGUUUAAUCAAGUUCCUCGGAGAUCUGCCUCUGCCUCAGCUACCCCAGGGAGCUUCCAAGGAAGGAGCCUGAGCCACUGGGGACUAAUGGAGCAGAAGAAGCCCUUAGCAGCCCUAUGCCUCUCGAAUGUUAGCCUUGGACGGGGCUUUCACAGUUAGAAGAGGGGUACAGCUGUCAGGGUACAGUGAGGCCAGGGGGAAAGGCCCAGGUCAGAGCCCUGGGGGUGACCCUGAAGGCCACAGAGAAAGAACCUUGCCCAAACUCAGGCAGCUGGGGCUGAGGCCCAAGGGCAGAGCAGCCAGAGGGGGCAGGAUGGGACCAAAAGGGAAAAAGAGGAUGUCCAGCAGCAUUGGAGGGCUGGGGCCAGGCAGGCCAGGCCAAGCCAAGCAGGGGGCCACAGGGUAGGCUGUGGAGCUCUCAGGAAGGACCCUGAGGAAGGCACACUUGUUCCUCUUGGUCCCUGUCCUCCCUGCCCAGGCAGCAUGGAGGGGAAGGGUAGGGCAGCCCAGAGAAAGGAGCAGAGAAGACACACAUAGGAGUCACGAGCGCCUUGAUGCAAGGCCGCAGGGCCUGGCUGGCCACGCUGUCCCAGGCUGCUCACCACCUCAGCGAGGGGCAGGAGCUGAGGCUCGCUUAGGCUGGGCUGGAGCUUCCCUGGUGCCAGCACCCUCCGCCUGUCUCAUGGGUGGCCUGCCCUCUCGCUCCCCCUCCCAGCCCACCCACUGAAGUCUCCUUGGGCCACAGGUGGUGGCCAUGGUACUGGGGACUUGGGAGAGUGAGACCCAGUGGAGGGAGCAAGAGGAGAGGGAUGUCGGGGGGCGGCGGGGAAUGGGGUGGGGGAAAUAUGGUAAACGGUGCUGGCAGUUCGGCUAGAUUUCUGUCUUGUUCGUGUUUUUGUUUUGUUUAAUGUUUUUUGUUGUUUUUUUUUUUUUGAGACAGAGACUUGCUCUGUUACCCAAGUUGGAGUGCAGUGGUGUGAUCUCGACUCACUGCAACCUCCGCCUCCGGGGUUCAAGCGAUUCUCCUGCCUCAGCCUCCUGAGUAGCUGGGAUUACAGGCAAGCACCAGCAUGCCUGGCUAAUUUUUGUAUGACUUUUUUAGUAGAGAUGGCGUUUCACCAUGUUGGUCAGGCUGGUCUCAAACUCCUGACCUUGUGAUCGGCCCGCCUCAGCCUCCCAGAGUGCUGGGAUUACAGGCAUGAGCCACCAUGCCCAGCCUAAUGUAUAUUUUUAUUAUAAUUAUUAUAUAUGAAUUGCAUUCAAAUCGUUCCUUAUUGUUAACAAGGGGCAUGGGAAGGGGUGGGGGUGGGGGAGCAGAGUCGUCUGACCCCAGGAACCUGCAGGGCGGGGCUGGGUCGGUGCCCUCUAAGGACAAUUUUGACCUUGUUCAACCUUUCCACAAAGAAUAAAUCGUGUUUCACAUUC